AUGUGUCAAACAUCAAAAACAUUGUUUAUUAAAUCACUUGCUGAUUGUUCUACACUUAUAAGCCUAUAUAUUGAGAUAUAAUUCCAGCUUAGUGAAAAACUUAGUGCCACCUAAUAAACAUGUUGCUAUGAUUUAUUUACAUUUAAAUUUUUAGUCGUUUCGUGUAUAUUAAUCAGUAAAUAUGGAAAAUGCUAAGAUACAAAGUAAAGUCAAACUGUUGUUUGAAAAGAUUCUUAAACCACACUAUGUUAUGGAUAAUUAUUAUGCUGACAAUUUGUUUAUCAAAAUAAACAACACGGAUCCAGAGGUCACCUACUUUAAAUCGCUACCUUUCUUGCCGCAGUUACUUGUAGACAGUUUAGAUGGCUUCGAAACAUAUGAUAAUACAGUCAAAGUUUUCCUCAUACGGUUACUGGCGGUUGUAUGCGACAGGGAAGUCAACUUUGGAAAGAUAUUUUCUAGAAAAGGCGACAUGCUUGCACAAGCAUUCAAUCAGAUUGACGGCCCCACCAUGAAUUCUAGUUUAAGAGUAGCUUACAUGGACGUAGCAUUGUCUCUCCUUAACCAUAGCUCCGGAGUAAUUUGGCUGUAUGAUAGCGAUGCUUGGAAGCAUAUUUUAGUUCUAUGCAAUGAUAAAAGGACAGUUUUCGUCGUUCGAAAGACUUACAAAUUCGCAUCCAAAAUAAUGUGGGAGCUAAACCAUUUGGGUGACAUUUCCAAAAUCACAACCACACUCGAGUACAUAAUGAAACCAGUGUUAGAUACAGAUUACUUUUCAAUUAAUCAAAUGACUAGUGAGAAUGAGGAAGAAAUUAGCAAAACUCUGGAGCCGAUGCUUCAGAUGCUCUUAUCCAUCAUCACUAACGCUGAAGAACUGAGAAAGGGAAAUAGCAUGUUGAUUGAAUAUAUCAUAAAAAAAUCGAAUUUAAUAACACUCUGUUACGUUUUAUUGGAUAAGUUAAGGAGAGAAGACUUGACACUAUUAAUAACCAAAAUACUGUUCGCAGUAGGUGUGGCCAGAAUUCUGCAUUUGCAACCGAAACUGAUUAAUGAUGUUUACGAAAAGGAAAACUUUAUAGAGCUCGGUGCUACUUACUUAAAUAUUAUUCAGUUUCUUAUACAUAGGCGGUCUCCAACAAUGGUGUUUGAUUUCUGCAACGCGUGCAGUGUAAUGUGGACGACAGCGUGGGAAGGCAAAGCUCCAGCUAUGUUUGAGGCGGACGGCAAAAAGUUUGAGUUGCACAACCAAAUCGUAGCCAUGAUCCUUGUACCGUCUCUAGUGUACGCGAACCACGGUAGGCCGAUGUCUUCGAGUUUCACUGAUGAGAGAGUGGACGAAUUCUUGGUGAAACUUCUUAAUUAUAUGUGCUACCAUACCGCAAGAGCCGCCUACGCGCUGAGAGACCUUACGGUACAGCUGGAUAUCCUGUCGAUAACAUUACAAAGCGUUAAGAGAUUAAGUUGUUGGAAGAAUCGUUUUUCGAAUGAGCAGGCGAAUUUAGUUUUCCAAGCGUUGUUUUUUGUACUCAAACAGUACGAUCCCGUCGACGACGACGGAGAGAUGAAGAACGAAAUAACAUACGAGGAUAGUAUGGAUAAAGUACUUGUGAUGACGUACGUACUGGAUAGUUUACUGUCUCUAGUAAAAACAUACAAUAUCAACUGGCAUGAGAGCUUCGAAGUGCUGUGUUUGUACAAUGUUGUAUACCAUAUUCUAAAAAGGCCAAAUUUAACAUGUAAGUUCGUAGUGACUGCAUUGAACGUGAUUGCGAUAACUAUAAAGAAAUUCCUGCCACCGAACCUGUCUUUGCUGAUGGAUUCGAAGCCGGGUUCCGCGAUGCACGAACUGGGCAAGCUCAUCUAUAUGAAGUUACAUGACUUCCAUUGGGAGGUGCGGGAUUCCGCCCUCGAGUUGCUGCUCGUCUGUACAGAGAUAUCUUUUAUAAAAUUCCCACCGAUCCAAAAGCAAAUUCUGUCGAACAAUUUAAUGACGGUCGCAGUGACAAUAGCGCUCAAUGAUCACGAGUUCUACGUGCGCGCUUCCGCCCUCAAGUGCAUUGGUGCUGCUACCAAAGUCUGUGCCAUCUGGGACGACCUCAAGACAAACUUCCCCAAUAUACAGCAUAUGAUUCUAACGAUAAUGAUGGACAAUCCUGAAGGUAUCGUCAGGAAGGAAGCUUGUAACGUCUUCUGUGAAAUCUAUCACAAUUUAAGAGUAACCCCAGCCUUCAAGCAAGUGUUACAUGAAUGUAUGCUUUGCACAGCGCUCAAUGAUUUCCAUUGGGAGGUGCAACUGAGUGCUCUCAGGUUCUGGAAGAUUGUUAUACAGCAUCAUUUAAAUGCUCAAGGCAUGUUAGAUGGUACAUUCCCGCCAGUUACAUUCUCAAAAGAUUCACGUAAAAUUGUCACAUUAAACGAAAAAGAAAUACAAAAAAGGUUACAGAAAACUCUAGAAGAACUAGCUUCAAUAGGUUGCUUGACUGUGCUCGUCAAACUUUUACAAGACGAAUCCGAAGUUGAUAUCAUGGAAGCGGCACUUUCAAUAUCAAUGGAACUUUAUUCUGUUUUAGAAAAAUAUAAAGUACCUGAAACUCUUCAAGCCGGUGAUUGUGAAAUGCCUAGUGUUGAUGAACUUGAUCGUCCUAUUAAAUUAACGGAUUAUAGUAAUAUGAAUUCAGAAGCAAACGACACGGCGAAAGUAGAUAACGUUAUAGAAGGAAUUGUUAACGCAGACGAUAUAAAUUUACUGGCUAUGAUGUAUGAAAGUCAAAUGAAAUUACAAAACGAUGAAAUGCCUGUAAAAGAUCAACCACCUAAACCUAAGCUUCUUAAAUUCGCGUCACCGCAUUUAUUCGUAACAUUCUUGAAGAGUAAAGAUUUCAAAGCUGUUAUUGAACAAAAGAAAAAAUGGCGCGAAGGCAUCAAGAGUUUAUCGUCUCUAUUAGACGACGUUCUUGGUAUUUACGAAAUAAAUGAUGAUGUCAACUCUUUAGAUUGUUAUUAAAGUUUUGCCAAUUUUAUACAAUUCUUUGUGAAGAAUAAAUUGUUAAAUAUAAACAAG